CUUGGCUCAAAAAAGAAAAAGAGGCCCAACAAUAAUGCAAAGUGUACAUGGACGACAAGAACGUAUGACAAUUGUGCUGAAUAAGCACAAUCAACCCAUUAGUCCGACUAAAGCUAUUGUGAAAGAGUUGGGUAGCUUCCUCGGCACACUAGCAAGGAAUGCAACGCUUUGUCCCCUUAAUAUAUACAUAUGAUUGAAGGAAAAUAGAUACAAAUUUGAAAGACGAUAUGUGGAAAUAUACCAAGGAGAAGUAUGAUAUUCCUGAUCGUGCAAAAGAACGGACUUUGGAUGCAAUUAAAAGUGCUUGGAGAAGGUAUAAGCAUGAUUUGAAGAAGGAUAACUAUAAAGCCUAUGCUAAUGACGAACUUCAAAUGGCAAAAAAGCCUCCACAAGUUUCAGAAUCUGAUUUUAAGGAUCUACUCAAAUAUUGAAACUCCAAAGAAUUCAAGAAAAUGAGCGAAACAAACACUGAGAAUCGAAAAAAGUUGAAGAAUCCACAUACUGUUGGUAAAACUAGUUUUGCUGUGAUCAUCAACGAUUUUGUGUGUUCUCUUCUUAAUCAUUAAAUAUGAAAUUUUUGUCAUUAAAAGAUUUUUGAUACCAACUUUCAUGUAAUUAGGAAAAAGAUAAGGAAUCACCGAAGAUCUAACACUUAAAGAGAUCUUUGUGGCUACAAGAUCAAGGAAACUUGGUCGAUCAUACAAGGACUCUAAUGAGGAUACAAUUAGUGAAAUUGUUGAGAUGGAGAAAAUACAAAGUCAACAAAGUGAAGAUGACAAUCAAUCAGUUGACGCAUUCACAUCAGUCAUGGGACCUGAACAUUCAGGGCGAAUGAGAUUAUAUGAGCGAGGAGUUACCAAAACUAGUUUGAAAGGGAAAGGAAAUUUUAGAGCCUCUUUAAGUGCUAAUGAUGAGAUGAUGAAUAAAAAAAUGGAAGAAAUGGAGGAGAGAAUGCAUCAAAGGAUGGAGGAAAAAUUACAGCAACAAAAGACAACCAUAUGUCAGGAAGUUACAGUUGACAUCCUUACACGACUUAAACAUAUGUACCCAGGACUUCCAAUUGAUGCUGACAUGUUGGCAGCAUUGUGUGCUCAGCCUCCGGGAGAAGGUACCUCUGUGCCGCAAGCAAUUUUUCAACCUAGCAAUCGACCAUCUGCUGGUAGCACCAAUCAAGGUAGAGAAAAUGAAGAAGAGGAAGAUGAAUGCAUUGAAGAUCUUACUUGAGAAAAUUGGUUGAAAGUUGUAGAAACUUCAAAUAUUCUAGCUCUAAUCUUUUGUUUUCCAACAUAUUGGGACUUGUUUUGUUUUCUAAACAUUUUGAAACAUGUGCUAACUCUUGAAAACAGUUUUUGUAUAUUUUGUUUCUAUAGAUAUUAUGAGCUAUGAUUCCUCUUAUUAAUUGUUUCAACUUUCAAGAUUAUUUUAUUUGGUGGGUAA